UAUGGUUUUUUUAAUUUUAAUUUAAAUAGUAUAAAAUUCGAAUUUUGUUACACGAUAUGUGUAGAAGUUAAGUGUGUCAUACCGUUGGCAUCGUGUUAAAUGUAUUUAUUCUUGAUUGUCAUACUGUUGGCACGAGAAUUUGUGUGUGCAAUUGAUGCAAAGUGCACUUACUUGCAUUCAAACUAGAUUAUGUAAAAAAACCAGAAUUCAUCAAACUGUUUGGUAUUUGCAAAAUUUUAAUUAUGCCAGAGAAGCUUUAUUCACCCUCCAAUGACAAUAUUGAGUCUUUGGAUUUACCUGGAACUCUAGCUUUAAUUGCAAAUCAUAGUGAUGAUUUGUCUCACACAAUGAAUGUUAUAAAUGUUGCCAACAAUAAUUCAGAAGAGAUGACAGAUAAACUUUCUGUUUCAGACGUUAUACUUGGCAUAUCUUUAUCUGAAGAACUUAAUAAUAACAAAGUAAAUAGUACUGAUAAUUCAAAUCAAUGGAAAUUAAUUCUUGGUGUAAUUGUAUUAGAAAAAUUAACGUUAAAUGCCGAAGAACUAAGAAGGUUUAUGUGUUCCCAAAUACCUAGUCUACCCGCAAGUUUUCUAUUUCUUACAAAAGAAGGUUGGCCAGUAAUGAAAAAUCAAGAAAGAUUAAUCAAAAUUAUUCAUUUAAUUAAGCCAGAAUGUAGGGAAUAUCAAAAACAGAAAAAGAAAGCUGGCUAA